AUGGCCCCGUUGUUGUUAUUUUUUGGUCUUGCGCUGCUAACACUCGCUUCUCCGCCGCCAGAGAAUAGUAACGGUCUGCAGCCUCGCGCUGUCAGCGAAACCCUCGCUGACAUCUUGGAUAAUCUCCGGGAUGGGGUCAAUGUGGACGACAUCAAGCAGAGCGUGUUGCCGGACUUUUGGAGUAUCCCUGGAACGGAUGAGAUUACCAAAGAGCUUGGGUUGAACGAGACGGGGAUUCGGGCUUUGCCUUUGGAAUUUUUGAACAUUCCGUUUGUUUACCCCCUCUCCGAUUCUUCUCAUGCCUCCUGAUCGGGGCUAACGGGUGAUUUAAACAUAGUGGAUACGCAAACUACACUUCGCAGGGAUGGAAUGUAAGGUUUCACGGAAUGGCCUACAAACAACCGCUGUCCGGGCCGGGGGUGGUGUCCAAUCAUACGCUGGAUGAGGCCGCGAAUAAGUUCUUGCCCGACUUCGACAUUAGCGAGUUACAACCGCACGAGCAGGACAAUUCCAGGAACUUGACCAGCGCGAUACUGUCAUUGCCGCAGGAAGGGGAGAGGCUGUUGUUUGCGCUUAACGCCUCGGGGGGGCGGGGCUUCCAGGGUGGAUGGACUGGGGUUGUGGAGUGGGCUAAAACGACGGAUUCGAGGGGUAUGGGGUUCAUUGAGUGAUUAACGGUGAGGAGUUCAUGAAUUGAUAAGGUAGGGAAUUAGGCGAAAUUAGUGGCUUUGUUCAGCUCCCGACGAAUAGUGAGAAUGGCCUCCCGGAUGGGAAUGCCACUAAUGCGAUGGUGGUUGAGUUGGAUGUUCAUACCAACCGGACAGAUAGUGAGUGAUUCACCUUGUCCCUAGAUUGCGGAUUUGCGUUAGUGUACUGACUCUUUAGCUGGAAAUGCAACUGCCUACCUUGUCCCUAGAGACGGCAUUACCAUCCUCUCAGACAUUGACGACAUCCUCCGUGUCACAAAGAUCUACGUCCCAAAAGAAGGCCUCCUGAACUCCUUCGCCCGCGACUUCGUUCCUUGGAUGAACAUGCCAGAGAUCUUUACCGGAUGGUUCCGCCAACACCCUGACUCCCCCUACCACUUCCACUACCUAACCACAACCCCAGAGCAAGCCACACGCGUCUACAUGGACUUCAUUUACAAAACCUACCCUCUUGGCUCCUUUGACACGCGCCCCCUCAAUUUUACUACAGUGGACCAAACAUUCUCUGUUCGCAGAACCCUCCUCAACGAAAUCUUCCAAACAUUCCCAAACAGAAAAUUUAUCCUCAUCGGAGAUACCACGAAUAGCGACGUCAUGAGCAAUUACCCAGAGCUCGUGUCUGCCUUCCCUGGUCAGGUGCAGUGCAUCCUGCUAAGAAAUACCUCCGCAACUGACCCAGACAAUGGGUUCCCAUAUAAUACGAAAGGAUUCGAAACAUUGAAGCAGGAGCAGUAUAUGUUCUUUACUACACCUGAUGAUCUUAGAGGGUUGGAUUUCGCAAAUGGGGAUUGUAGGAAUGCGAGUGCAAGGAUGGGGACUGUGGACUUUAGCUGGCAGGGAUUGCCGUUUGAGAAGAGUGCUGCUAGGGGUAGGGCUAGGGGGGAUAUGUGGGCAGCCGUGGUGGUUACGGUUGCUUUUGCGGUACUUCUGUAGGUGGUUGGAUGGGUCCGUAGGUGGGUACGGGAGGUUUUUGUAUACCCAACACAUAUGAGGGAUGAGGCGGAUACAUGCACAUACAGUAUAUACCAUAUAAGUUAGGGGGUUUUGACUUCUUUUCUUGGUUAUUUCUAAUAGCGUUUGAGCCUGGCUUAUAAUUAUGUUGAGUGAAAUGAAGCGCAAGGGGGGAUCAAUGACCUACAUGAAGAAUCCAAUCGACCUUGGA